CUGAACAUCGGUGGCAAAUUUCUCCGCGAGCGUGGCGAAGUCUCACUCGUUUGGCCCUACAAGGACUGCGUCUUAGAGGGCGGACAGACGAAAGAAGAGGAGAAGCGCAAAGAGAUUUUCUUCAACGAGACGCUUGCCCAAGACGAAAUCAACCGAAUGUUCGAUCCGAAGGUCCUCACCCACUGGAAACGCCACACCACUGACGGUGAACAGGACGUAACGGACAUCCAACGGGACGAGAACGGUAUCAUUCGCGAAAACUUCAUUAUCAAGGGCAACAACCUCAUCGCACUCCACACCCUUAAACAGCAAUUCCGCGGACAGGUCAAACUCAUCUAUAUCGACCCGCCGUACAACCCUGAUAGUCCGUCAAAUACUUUCAUAUAUAACAAUAAUUUCAAGCGUUCUUCUUGGCUGACUUUUAUGAAAAACAGAUUGGAGAUUGCCAAGGAGUUGUUAACAAAUGACGGGACUAUGAUUGUUGCAAUCGAUGAAAAUGAACAGGAAAAAAAAGUUAUUGGUAAUAGGAAAAUCCUCGCUGAAGAAAUUACCUGGUCCAACUUCAGAAAUUGGGGUGGAGAAUCGAAACGCGAGAAUGCAAAGAAUUGCUUUUAUCCAGUUAUUGUAGAAGAUGGCAAAGUUGUUGGGUUUGGAGAUGUUCUUGAUGACAAUGAACACCCUUUUGCUCAAACAGUACAGGACGAGAAAAGAGAUCUUGUGUAUCCAAUUGAUCCGAACAAGAUUGAACGCAAAUGGAGAUAUGCCCGGCAAAUGGCAAACGAUAAAGAUGCAAUUGUCUUAGAUUUCUUCGGUGGAAGUGGUACUACUGCUCACGCCGUGUUGGAAUUAAAUAAAGACGGGGGUGAUCGAAAAUUCAUCAUUUGUGAGCAAAUGCACUACGUUGAAACCGUAACAAGGGAGCGCGUCAAGAAAGUCAUAGAGCAAAACAAUAGUGGUGAUUUUGUCUUUUGCGAACUGAUGCAAUAUAACCAAACCUAUAUAGACAAGAUCCAAUCCGCGCAAUCCUCCGAAGCACUUGUAGCACUCUGGCGAGACAUCGCCGAAAACGCAUUCCUGAAUUGGUACGUCAACCCCGAAAUGCCGGAAGCAGCAAUAAACGACUUCAUCGCCAUCGACGACGUAGAGAAACAGAGGCAUCUACUGGCGGAGCUGCUGGAUAAGAAUCAACUCUACGUCAAUCUCUCCGAAAUAGAGGACACAGAUUUUGGGGUUAGUGAAGAAGAUAAGGUGUUGAACAAGGCUUUUUAUGGAGAAUAA